AUGUCCGAGUCAGAAACGUCCUCGAUUCCUCCCGUCGACAACCCGAGAGAAUGGAGCACUCGCAAAAAGACGCGCGUGACUCUGAUCCUUGGCCUGAUGGUGCUCUCGUUCACCUACCUCUCGACCGCAUUUGCGCUUUCGGCCAACUCGCUGCAGCGACAGUUCAACACGAGUGCAGAAGUGAUCACGCUUGGCCUCUCUCUCUAUGUCCUUGGUUUUGCGCUCGGUCCACUGCUGAUGGGGCCCUUGGCGCAGUUCAACGGCAAGCGUCCAGUCUAUGUUGUCUCGUGGAUUCUUUUCACUGCAUGCUGCUUUGUCGUCUCCGAGUCGAACAACUUGGGUGCCAUCAUGGCAUUCCGACUGUUGAGCAGCGUAGCGGGGGCAUCGGCGCUCAACAAUGUGCCCGCAUCGUACGGCGACAUGACGACCCCCGCUAAGUAUGCCCCCUUUUUCACCUGUUAUGGCUUUUCGGCGUUUGGAGGUCCGGCAUUGGGCGGCUUGGUGGGCGCCUUCGUCAACGAACGGGCGGGGUGGAGAUGGAACCUGAGGCACCAAGCCAUCUUUGUCGCUGUGGCCACCGUGCUCAGUGUGCUGUUUGUGCCGGAAACAGACCACCCGAGGCUGAAGCGACUCCACGAUGCCAAAUACGUGAUGCACGACAAGAACCAAGCAACCAGCGACAAGGCUCAAACAUCGUUGGCAGUACGACUGUCCAGCUCGUUGCACUCACUGGGCAGUGCGGUGUCUCGAUCGAUCAAGCUGCCAUUCCAGUGGCUUUUUGCAGAUCGAGUGGUGCUGGUCAUCUCGAUCUACACCUCGCUUCUGUACGCCAUCAUUUACGACUUUUUUGUCAUUAUUCCGUUUGCGUUCGUUUCGAUUCGACACUUCAAUCCCGAAUCCAUCGGGUUGAUCUACAUUGCUCUUUUUAUCGGCUUCUCGAUGGCGGCGGGCAACUAUAUUUUCCUUCAGAGCGCCAUCAAUCGACGGAUUCGGGCCAAGAGCGGCAAGACGGUGCUGCCGCCGGAGACAUCGCUGAUCCACGCCAUCUACGGUUGUGCGCUUGCUCCUGUCGGGCUGUUCUUGUUUGCCUGGACGGUGCCUUUUACGAAUGUGCACUGGAUCGUGCCUGCUAUCGGGAUCGUGCUUCUGUGCGCCGGGUCGAUGUCGGCGUUUACAGCGCUGAUCCCGUAUUUGGUUGCGUAUGGAGGCGCAUCGGCGCCUAGCGUGCUGGCAGCGGCAGGAUUCUGCCGUUCAGCGUUGGCAGCUGCAUUGCCGCUAUUCACACGGCAAAUGUGUAGGGGAAUCACAGUGCAAGGAGCGACGAGCUUGCUUGCAGGGCUAGCGUUGCUGUUGACACCGCUGCCACUGCUGCUCUACAUCCACGGCGCCAAGUUGAGAGAACACGUCAAGCAGCGGAAAGACGCAGCGGCAGCAGCCGAAGCAGCGGCAAAGGCACCUGUUGACGCUGGUGCAGCAUCGACGCCAAAGGAAAGCGCCAAGGAAGUGGCCUUGGGGGCCCAACGUAUUCCACCAGGAGGCACAGCAAGGCGCGGCGAGUCGGACUCGUCACCCGACGCAUCCUCAACUGUCUCAGACAAAGUCGCAUAG